GCUCAGACGGAGCAGCCGCCUCUGCAAUGUCAGCAGCUGCAGCGGCCCGGGCCCCGCGGUAGCCGCCGGAGCCGCACGGCCCGGCAGACGCGCCCCGCGCCACACCGCCGCCGCCUCGCUGCCUCCGGGCGCUGCGCGCGGCUCUGCGAGCCCCGGCGCGCCGCUCGGUCUCGGGGCCGGCUCGGCCGCGGCCGCGCACAAAGAACCGCGGACAGCGGCGCUCCCGGGGCUGCGCCGAGGGACCGGCCGGGGACCGGCCGCGCCGCACCGCGCCUCCUCCGCGCCCGUCCUGCCGGGGCGGCCAGAGCCCAAGCGGGCCCCGUCCUAGGACGGCGGCCACGCUGCAGCCGGCGAGCGCGCGUGCUGCCCGCUCCGCUGCGCCACGGCCGCCGGCGGUGGCCCUCGCCGCGCCCCGCUGAGCCGCCGCCGCCCCGCGUCCCUGCCGAGGGGAGCCCCCGGCCGGCGCCGCGCCUAACAUGGCCACGCUGCUCCGCAAAAUCGGGCUGAUCCGCCUGCACAACCGGGACACGGAGGACCCCAAACACCCGCACCACCACCGCGGCGGCGGCGGCCAGCAGAGCGCGUCGCUGCGCUUGGGCAAGGGCGCCAAAAGCGGCGGGCACAAGCCCCCACCGCAGCCGCAGCAGCAGCCGGGGGGCGCGGGCGACGCGAGCCCCGGGCCCGGCAAGGGCCGGCGCGCGGCGGAGCCGGCCCCGCAGCCGGCGGCGGGCGCGGCGGGCGCGGCGGGCGCGGCGGGCAGCGGGGGCCCCCGGGAGCGCGCGGCGGGCGCCAGGGCGGGGCCGGGCCCCGCGGCGGCGGCGGCGGCGGCGGCGGCGGCGGCCUCGGGCGGCAGCCUGGUGCCCGCCGCGCGCCAGCAGCACUGCACGCAGGUGCGCAGCCGGCGGCUCAUGAAGGAGCUGCAGGACAUCGCGCGCCUCAGCGACCGCUUCAUCUCCGUGGAGCUGGUGGACGAGAGCCUGUUCGACUGGAACGUGAAGCUGCACCAGGUGGACAAGGACUCGGUGCUGUGGCAGGACAUGAAAGAGACCAACACCGAGUUCAUCCUGCUCAACCUCACCUUCCCCGACAACUUCCCCUUCUCGCCGCCCUUCAUGCGGGUGCUCAGCCCGCGCCUCGAGAACGGCUACGUGCUGGACGGCGGCGCCAUCUGCAUGGAGCUGCUCACGCCGCGCGGCUGGUCCAGCGCCUACACCGUGGAGGCCGUCAUGCGCCAGUUCGCCGCCAGCCUGGUCAAGGGCCAGGGACGGAUCUGCAGGAAAGCCGGCAAAUCCAAAAAGUCCUUCAGCCGCAAGGAAGCCGAAGCCACCUUCAAGAGCCUGGUGAAGACACACGAGAAGUACGGCUGGGUCACCCCGCCCGUGUCCGACGGCUGACGCCGGCGCCCUGCCCGCGCGCCGGGGCCGCCCGCCCUCCGCUCCCUGGCACCUCCUCCUCCACGCUGCGCAUCCUCCAUCCUUUUUUACUCCAGCCAGGACUGCAUCCGGAAUGCGAAGGAGCUGUUUCAGUUAUUUAGGGACAGACGUGUUGACAGAGAGAGAGAGAGGCAGCCGCCGCUGCCGGGCUUCUGCUCCGGUUAGGAGCCAGUGAGCAUCCCCAAGUCGCUUCAGAACCAGAGUUGCGGUGGUGACGCUUCCCGGCCUGCACGCCCGUCCGCCAGCCCGGUCCCAUUGCCCUCGCUUCUCUCCAUGACAACACUCCCAGGAGCCAGCGGCGGCCGCUCGCUGCGCCUUUCUCUCUUUCUCUUCCCGGCAGGUCACCGUAACUCGACAUCGUGUCUUUCCGUGGCGCGUGGUCCAUAGGGACUUCAUUCAUGCUCUGACUUUCGGCUCAUGAAAACACAGAUUUAACACCGCCGGGUUCUACAACCCGUGCUCCAUGUGCUGAUUUUGUGGUGUGCUGCUGUCCCCAGGGGAGCCAGUGCCACUGGACACAAGGCAGGGCUGCUGUGGCCUCCCGGGCAGGCAAGGGUGCAGACGCCAGGUGCACGCCCCGGGGCUCAGAGCCGCGGACAGCCAGGUGCGAGCAAGCUUUUCCAAGGACAGCGCGUUUGUGUUCGUGUCUUCUCCCCACCGCUGGAAGUCAAAGACCACCUCCCAUUCCCUGCAGGGUCCUCUGCCUCAGCCUGUCCCCGAGUGCUAGCGACAGGGAAUGCCCGAGCUGCCAAAGUACAGCGCGUGAUCCUCCGAGGAUUUGCAUGACCGGGGCCAUUGCUCCGCCCGGAAGUCCCUGUGUGUCCCGAGGCCGAGUCGCGUGAGCCCCGUGCUGUGAUGUCCACUUCCUGUUAUUUAAUCUCCCCCAACGAUUUCGUUUGUCUCUUCUGUUAAGUUGCUUGGAACUUUCUGAGAAACUCCGUGCGAUGAGGACAUACGGUUUAUAACAUGAUGCGGAAAGAGGUCAAAUGUCAUUGCCAGUGAGAACCCUGAUUGGACACAUUUUAAAUAAAAUCAUGCAUUACUUGA